AUGGCAGAUAUUCCACCCACCAGUCCUUCAAAUUUUAGCUCCAACCAGUCCAUCGGGAAACACGAUGGUCAUGCAGAGGGGAAUCUCAACUGCAUUGCCAUGCGUCAUGGAUGGUCUCGUUCUUUUUCUUUACCACCAACAGAGGUGUCCUCUAUGUCUUACGAUUCCCUUUCGCGCGCUUUGGAAAUCCAUACCCUUAAUCUACGCCCCAUGUCGGUUCGUAUAUACGUCGAGCAUCCAGCCUCGUCAGGAAACUGGUGUAAAAUUCGCCCCUUCAAGCUCGACGGAUCGUUGCAGAGCGUCCUAGUCCGGACUUUCUUCGAGGAAAGGCUCCGGGAGGGCGUUGUCACGACGAUAGAUAUCCGCGACGGAGUCGAUAGGAAAGAGGAAACCGACGGGAAGAGUCUCCGUAGUGUGGGAAGCAGAAUACUGCACCCACAAAGAGAGAAGACGGAGACGAAGCAAGGUGGUGGCUGGCUUAAUGAUUUAAUUAGUCGCGUCAAGUCCGUGACAACGCCACCUAACAAGGAGCUCAGGGAUGUCAACACUGACGAAGCAGAGGAGCUCCGCCCACGCGACGCAGGUGAGGGUGACGCCUCGAACAAACGUUCGAUCUUUAAGACUGGCAUCCUUUCCUACUUCCUUCCGCCCGCGUCUGUUCCUCGAGCCCAUAAUCCUCCCCCGGAACUGGCGCAGGACCAAGAAGUGGAACAGAUGCGUAAUCGUGGGUGGCUCCCGCCUGGCGUGAAGAGACAAUUCUCUUUUCGGCAGCGUUUGUCCACGAGAAAGGAGAAAAUUCCAAAUCCCUUUCUUGGAGGCAAGCAUGCCAAGAAGCAGCAAGAAGACGAGAAUCCUUUCGUUGAUCCAAACCCUAGCGGAGCUGAUGAAGAGGAGGAGGAAGGGGAGGUUGAUGAUUUUUUCGAACUCGAGCGGCCCGAUAAUGCGGAUGCUACUGGAGUGGAGAUGGAUAAGCCAAACGGCAGGGUAACUCUAUUUAUCUUCGGUGCAGUUCUGUCUUAUCCAUCAGGAAUUCCAGGCAUGGUCAAGAUUUAA